UUGGUUUAAAUUCUGAAUCCGGUUAGGUACUCAAACAGACCAUAGUGUGUAUCACAAACUCCUAUAGAUACAAACGAUGUAAAUGGAAGGGUUUAAGUGAGGUAGAUAAAUGCAAUGAAUGUGUUGAAAUAUCCUUCUGUAAAUAUAAGAGGUUCAGAAUACGCAGAGACAGGGGUCGCAACAGUUAACGGUGCAUUGAUUGCCCCUUGGCGACAUCAUUGCAGCUAGAAGGUGAAUUUUCUUCUUCUUUGCUCUAUAAAUUGAGCCUAAAAUCCCACUACUUUCCUCACUCUUCUCUUGUUGACUGAACUCCUAAGUGAAUAUUAUUCUCCAGUAUCCUUUCAAUAUCAGUGCAUUUGCAUUAGCACGCAGAAACUUAGAAAUGGGUGCCAUUAGCAGGAAAUUCAUUUUGUUGGGACUUGUUUUUGCUGUUGUUCUUCUCAUCUCUUCUGAGGUCUUGGCUGUUAAGGACAUGCCUCAAAAAACACAUGAGCAAGUAUUAAACAAGAGUAGUGGUGGAUCGUCGAUCAAGAAAAAAUGUCUUCCUAAUGGAGGAAUUGAGUAUGAUAUUGAGCAUGCCGGGAGUGAAGUUGAGGUUGAGCUAAACAAAGAUGGAGCUGAGGUUGAAGUUGAGUAUGCUGGGAAGGAGGUUGAGGUUGAGCUUAACAAAACUGGAGUUAAGGUUGAGAUUGAGAUCGCCGGGAAAAAGUAUGAGUAUCAGUUUAAGGGGUAAAGUGGAAGAGUUUGUUUAACCAAGAUCCCAAUCCGUAUGUAUGUGGUUGGUCGUAUCUUGCUAGUUCUACCGUUUUGUUAAAGAGUAACUAUGAAAUUACUCUACUGUGUUUAGUUUGAGUAUUAAUUUGUUUCAUUUUCUUUUAUGUACUUUUGGUGUCAUCAAAAACAUCGAGAUAAUAAGAGCAUCCUGCUUCAAGUCUUUUGUACCCAGUUAUUUCUUGUGGAACAAUGAAUCGUCC